UUGUGUGUGGUUCUGGAGGAGUAAGCAGCGGAAAAUAAUCUUCUGAUUUAAAGGAUUCCGGCUUCGGGUGAUUUGUAAGAUGAUUGAAAUGGAUUCCAAGUACGCCGCUUUUGAAGAUCACACUGAUCAAUUCCAUAGUAAAAAUAAAAGAAAGAAGUCUACAAUGAAUGUAAAGAAAACGAAAUUGGCCAUUGAUAAUGCACCUAAAAAUAAUGGUAAUGCACUAUCACAAAAUAAUAAGGAAUCAAAUUUACCAUGCCAACCAGAAAAUGAUAGAAGCACUUUACUUGAGUUACUGGAAGCAAGAAAAAAAUUACCAGUUUAUGCUGCGAGACAAAGUUUUUUAGAAGAAAUAAAGGAAAACCACACAAUGAUUAUACUUGGAGAGACUGGUAGUGGAAAAACCACUCAAAUACCUCAGCUGAUUCAUGAACAACGUCUUGAAGGUGAUGGAGCCAUAGCCGUGACGCAGCCCCGCAGGAUGGCCGCCAUUACGAUCGCUACCAGAGUGGCCGCUGAAAUGGAUUUGCCGCUUGGUGGUGUUGUUGGGUAUUCUGUGAGGUUUGAAGAUGUGACAAGUCCAAGAACCAAAAUUAAGUAUUUAACAGAUGGAAUGUUGUUAAGAGAAGCUAUAAAAGAUCCUUUGUUGAAAAAAUACUCUAUAAUAAUUUUGGAUGAAGCUCAUGAACGUACAAUUAGCACAGAUGUGCUGUUUGGUGUUGUGAAACUGGCACAAAAAGAAAGGGAAAAACAAUAUAAUAAUCCAUUAAAGAUUAUUAUAAUGUCAGCCACAAUGGAUGUGGAUACAUUUAAGAAGUACUACGAUGACUGUCCAGUAAUAUACUUAGAGGGAAGAACAUACCCUGUUACUAUUUUCCAUUCGAAAAUAAAGCACGAAGAUUAUCAAUAUGCAGCUAUCUGUACAAUAUUUCAGCUCCACGCCACAACACCCCCCAACCAAGACUUUCUCGUUUUCCUGACUGGACAAGAAGAAAUCGAGAUUGUAAUGUACAACAUAAAACAGAUCGCGAAAGAAUCGACAGGGCCACCCAUUCUGGUCUGUCCAUUGUAUGCAGGCUUGCCGGCUUCUAAACAGAUGCAAGUUUGGAAAAAAACUCCUGAGGGCAUGAGAAAAAUAGUUUUGGCCACGAACAUAGCGGAAGCGUCAGUGACGAUCCCAGAUAUAAAAUGCGUUAUCGACACUGGUGUUGUCAAAGAAAGGACUUGGUGCACGGCGACGGGCGCGGAGCGGCUGCGCGUGGGGCCGUGCGCGCGCGCGGCGGCGAGCCAGCGCGCGGGCCGCGCGGGCCGCACGGCGCCCGGCCUCGCCUACCGCCUCUACACCGCCGCCGACCUGCAGCAGCGGCCGGAGCACCACACGCCGGAGAUCCUCAGAUGUCCUCUAGCCCCUACAAUAUUAUUAUUAUUAGCAGCGGGAAUUGACCCAAGCACAUUUCCCCUCAUGGAUUCACCUCCGACCGAGGCUAUAACUGCUUCCCUAGCAUUAUUGAAGGAAUUAGGAGCUAUUGAUAGUGAAGCCAAUCCGAAAUUAACUACACUCGGAAGGAAGAUGUCUGCAUUCCCAAUAGACCCCAAAUACGCGAAGGCGUUGAUCACAGCAUCAGAAUAUAAUUGUUUACAAGAGAUGUUAAGUUUAGUCGCAGUAUUAUCUAGUGAAAACGUAUUCUACUCGCCAAUGAACAAAAGAGAAGAAGCAUUGAAAGCGAAACAGAAAUUUGUUUCGCCUUUAGGCGAUCACAUCACAUUGUUGAACGUUUAUAAAGCAUUUUGCAAAGCACCACAACAAAAGCAAUGGUGUAAGGAAAACUACCUCAACCAGAAAAACUUGACAUACGCGAGUGAAGUGCGCCAACAACUGGUCCGAAUAUGCCAGAGUUUGAAGCUGCAGGUGACCAGUUGCGGCUCCGCCAUGGAUCAGGUUCUCAAGUGCCUUCUGAGCGGCAUGUUCACGAACGUGGCGUGGCUGCGAGGCGACGGCGCGACGGGCGCGCGCUACGAGACCGCGGCCGGGCUCGCCGCCGCGCCGCACCCGUCGUCGGCGCUGCCGGCGGCGCGGCCGGCGCCCGCCGCGCUGCUGUACUCGGAGCUGCUGCACACCUCGCGGCCGCACCUCGUCACGGUGUCGGCCAUUCAGCCGCACUGGCUGCCGCAAGUCGCCCCGGACUAUGCCAGGCGAUGCAGGGCCGCUCUGUGACGCUGAUGGGUUUUUUUAUAAGUAUAAGAUUGUUAUAAUUAAUUGUUAUUUUAAUGUGAAAUGAAUUGUGAUAUAUGUAUGUAAGUUUCAAUUGAUAAGCAGGGAGUCAUUGAUGGAUUUAAGAUUGUUUGAUAUGAGAAUUGUGAAUGUUAGAAUAUUCAAUGUUUUGUGAUAUAGAUUAGUAACACAAAAUUUCAUAAUGUUAUACCUUAUAAAUGAGGUUUAAAGAUGUUAAUGAGAUAUAUGUAA